CAGCAUUUAGGACCACCCAUUUGAAGGAGGAGCCAGCACGGGCACGAGUUUCCCCGCAGCCGCGUGGUGUUGGUGCUCGCGGUAGACUAUAAGGCUCAUGUGAUCUGUCACAUGACAGCGGAUCUCCAGAAAGGCAGAAUGAGACUCCGAACCUGCCUCGUCGGGCUCCUUGCCCUCUUAGUCGCUGGCCAAUGCAGUUAUAGCCCGGAGCCGGACCAGCAGCGGACGUUGCCCCCAGGCUGGGUGUCCCUGGGCCGUGUAGACUACGAGGAAGAGCUGAGUCUCACCUUUGCCCUGAGACAGCAGAACGUGGAAACGUUGUCCGAGCUGGUGCAGGCUGUGUCGGAUCCUGGCUCUCCUCGUUAUGGAAAAUACCUGACCCUAGAGGAUGUGGCUGAACUGGUCCGGCCAUCACCACUGACCUUCCGCACAGUCCAAAAAUGGCUCUUGGCAGCUGGAGCCCGGAACUGCCACUCAGUGACCACACAGGACUUUCUGACUUGCUGGCUGAGUGUCCGACAGGCAGAACUGCUGCUCCCUGGGGCUGAGUUUCAUCGCUAUGUGGGGGGACCUGCAGAGAUCCAUGUUAUAAGGUCCCCACGUCCAUACCACCUGCCGAAGGCCUUGGCCCCUCAUGUGGACUUUGUGGGCGGGCUGCACCGCUUUCCCCCCACAUCAUCCCUGAGGCAACGCCCAGAGCCACAGGUGUCAGGGACUGUUGGCCUGCACCUGGGGGUGACCCCAUCCGUGAUCCGUCAGCGAUACAACUUGACAGCACAAGACGUGGGCUCUGGCACAACCAACAACAGCCAAGCCUGUGCCCAGUUCCUGGAGCAGUAUUUCCAUGACUCGGACCUGGCUGAGUUCAUGCGCCUCUUCGGUGGGAAAUUUGCACACCAGGCAUCAGUAGCCCGUGUGGUUGGACAGCAGGGCUGGGGCCGGGCUGGGAUCGAGGCCAGUCUAGACGUGGAAUACCUGAUGAGUGCCGGCGCCAACAUCUCCACCUGGGUCUACAGUAGCCCUGGCCGACAUGAGUCACAGGAGCCCUUCCUGCAGUGGCUCCUGCUGCUGAGUAAUGAGUCAGCCCUGCCGCAUGUGCACACCGUGAGCUAUGGGGAUGACGAGGACUCCCUCAGCAGCGCCUACACCCAGCGGGUCAACACGGAGCUCAUGAAGGCAGCCGCUCGGGGUCUUACCCUGCUCUUUGCCUCAGGUGACAGUGGGGCUGGGUGUUGGUCUGUCUCUGGAAGACACCAGUUCCGUCCCAGUUUCCCUGCCUCCAGCCCCUAUGUCACCACAGUGGGAGGCACAUCCUUCCAGAAUCCAUUCCGAGUCACAAAUGAGAUCGUUGACUACAUCAGUGGUGGUGGCUUCAGCAAUGUGUUCCCACAGCCUUCAUACCAGGAGGAAGCUGUAGCCCAGUUCCUGAGCUCCAGUCCCCACUUACCACCAUCCAGUUAUUUCAAUGCCAGUGGCCGUGCCUAUCCAGAUGUGGCUGCACUCUCCGAUGGCUACUGGGUGGUCAGCAACAGCGUGCCCAUUCCAUGGGUGUCUGGCACCUCGGCCUCUACUCCAGUAUUUGGUGGGGUCCUGUCCCUGAUAAAUGAACAUAGAAUCCUCAGUGGCCACCCCCCUCUUGGCUUUCUCAACCCAAGGCUCUACCAGCAGCGUGGAGCAGGACUCUUUGAUGUAACCCAUGGCUGCCAUGAGUCCUGUCUGAAUGAAGAGGUGCAGGGUCAGGGUUUCUGCUCUGGCCCUGGCUGGGAUCCUGUGACAGGCUGGGGAACACCCAACUUCCCAGCUCUGCUGAAGACACUAAUCAACCCGUGACCCUUUCCUGCUGGAGAGUGAACCUAUCCCCUGCCCCAUAGCUGCUGGCUUGGUCCCUUAUUCUGCACUGUUGGAAGCCCUGCUGAACCCUCAACCAUAGACUGCUGCAGACAGCUUAUCUCCCUAACCCUGAAAUUUUGUGAGCUUGACUUGACUCCCAACCCUACCCUACUCUAUCACGCUCACGUCUCCCUACUCCUGCCUCAUGUUUCUCUAUAGAUGCUAUAACUAGUAUUGUUUGGGACCCCCCAAACCCCCCUAUUUUUUUUUAAAUAUUUUAUUUAUUUAUUUGACAGAGACAGAGAUAGCGAGAGCAGGAACACAAGUAGCGGGAGUGGGAGAGGGAGAGCAGGCUUCCCGCCAAGGAGGGAGCCCGAUGUGGGACUCAAUCCCAGGACCCUGGGAUCAUGACCUGAGCCGAAGGCAGACGCUUAACGACUGAGCCACCCAGGCGCCCCCGAACCCCCCUAUUUCACUCCCCCCCAUUUCUUCUUCCUCUUUUCAACCAGGCUUUUUCGAAGAGUUGUCUAUGCUCUCUGUGUACACUGUUUCACUUCAUGUUCUCUCCUCAGUUCAGUGCAGUGAGACCUCUGCUCUCACUUUUUCCCUCUUUCCUCCCCUGACAAUGAUAGCAAUGGCCGUCCUGCUGCUUCAUCCAGUGCACUCUUCCCAGCCUUUGCUUUAUGGGCUCUCUGUCACAGCUGUCCACUGCCUCUCCUUCUUUAGCCUUCAGGGCUUAACUUCUUUUCUGACCAUUCCCUCUUCUUCCUUCUCUUUCUCUUCUUCCUCAUUGAAUGUUGGUAUACUUGAUUGCUUCAUCUUUACUCUUUUGCUCUUCUCAAUCUACCCAGUGUUCCCUGGAACAAGUUAGUCACCUGUAUCCACAGCUGUCACCAUCUCACUAAAUCAGACUUUUUUUUUUUUAAUUUUUAUUUUUUUAUUCUUAUGUUAAUCCCCAUACAUUACAUCAUUAGUUUUAGAUGUAGUGUUCCAUGAUUCAUUGUUUGUGCAUGACACCCAGUGCUCCAUGCAGAAUGUGCCCUCCUCAAUACCCACCACCAGGCUAACCCAUCCUCCCACCCCCCUCCCCUCUAGAACCCUCAGUUUGUUUUUCAGAGUCCAUCAUCUCUCAUGGUUCGUCUACCCCUCCGUAAAUCAGACUUUCUAUCAGACGAUGAUUGAUACCUCAAAUGCAAGGUGUAUGACACUCAAUACUUCAUCUCCCUCCUUCCCAAUUCCAGACCAUUCUCUUGUGUUCCUUCUUGGUAGAUGAGACUAUGCUUCUUCCAAGCAAGCCAGAAGCCUAAGUAUUAUCUUAGACUCCCCUUUCCUCCACCUCCCACUCCCUAUUACCACUGUCAAUAAGUUCUACUGAUUUCACCUCUUAAAUAUAUUUUUAUCAAUCCACAAGUCCUGCCUAACAUUUCCUAAGAAUAUCUAGAACUCAUUUACUUCUCUCCAUCUCUACUGCUACUAAAUUAGCUUAGAACCAUAUUUUCUCUCCUCUGAAUUCUAGGAGGCUCUUGAAAAAGAUGUCCUUACUUCCUGCCUGUCCAUAAAACCAUUUUUCCAGAGUAAAAUGCAAAUCCCAUCAGGUCAUUUACUUAAGACCCUUCAAAGAUUACUGAUGAAGUUCUGGCUUUUUGCUCUGACUCACAAACCUGAUCCUUUCCUUGCUAUUUUUCCUGAGUAACAAAUUGUUUAUCCUCCCGUGUUCUCCUUCCCCCUUCCUCCACUUCCCCCCUUUCACUUUUGCUCAAGAUAUUCUGUGCCCUUAACAUGACCCCUGACUCCCUUUGCCUGGUUGGUUUCCAGGAUUCUUUGAAGACCCAGCUCAGAAGUCUUCUCCAGUGAACCUUUGGCUCUCUGAAGCUAGUUGAUUUUGGUAUAGCAGAAAAUGAUUUGGUAUAGCAGAAAAAUCCCAGAUUUUUUUUCAAACCAAACAUUGUUUGAUUCUUGGUUCUGAUGUAGACUGGGAGAGAGCCUUGGACAAGUCCAUCUCCCUGAGUCUUUUCCCUCCUCUGUUAAGUGGGGAUAUCAGUACCUGCCUCUAACAAUAAUCAGGGAAUAAUUAAAUGGAAUAAAAUUGAUAGAGUGCCUGACACAAAGAAGUAGGCAGCAGAUGUUAGUUCCCUUUCUCCUUUGCACUGCAUACUCUGUGUCUACCUCUAGUAUUGUAACUCCAGCAUAGUAUUGAAAAUGCCAGUUUACCUCUUUGCCUCCCUUUGAAGACUGUUGGUGCCUAGAGGACUAGAGUCUUGUCCUACCGAACUUUGUACUCCCAGGCCCUAGCUCAGGAUUGGCAAAUAGGAAUUAAAUAAAUGUUUGUUGCUUGAAAA